AAUUUGACAACAAAAGUUCAGUAUUCCUUUGCAUUAAUUUGAGUGUGGUAAAAUGUGUGACCCUCCAGAAAGACAUUAUGACUGCGGCGAAAAAAUUCUACGCCAAAAACAAGAAUGCCAAUUCUUGGGAGAAAAGAUUGUUUCUAAAACUAUUGAUCCAAAAACUCAAGAAGAGGUGUCGAAAAGAGUGUUUUUCAACCAAAUCGAUGAUUUUGUAAAUCAAGGUACACGUACUCAAUCCAAGCAAUCAGAAUCAGAAACAGAAUCAGGAUCAACAUUUGAUGCGGAUUUUGUUGAUCCUGCGGAGCUGGAUGAAAUUCCAAGUUUGACAAUAUUACAGCGAUUAAAGAAAUUUUGGGUUACAAAAGAAAUGGUUGAAAGAAGUCCGGAUUGUGAUCUGCGAAUGAGAACAACUUUAUCCGAAGUGUCUACUUUUUUCAUAUUUUUACUUAUUGUACUAAUAGUGUCAUAUGGAAAACGAUCAAAAUCUGAAAUCCAUUUAACUGAUUCAUUGAGACGUAAUUUGAUAUUUUCAAAAUUCAAAAAUCCACAAUUUCGUAUAUUCACAUAUCCUGAAAUGAAAAGUGCACCGGAUAUUUGGGCGUUCUUGAACGGACCAUUUCUUGAUACGAUUUACACCGAAUAUUAUUUUCAUGAUACACAAAAAUAUCCUGUAAAACAUACAAAAGUGUUAUUUGAAAGUAUACUUAUUGGAUUGCCCAGAAUAAGAAUGAAAGCAAAUAGAGGUGAUUCUUGCCGCAUUCAUCAUGCAUUUCAAAAAGAAUUUGCAUCCUGUUUUGAUUACUAUCAUGAAGCUGAUGAAAAUAAAACUGCAUUUGGGGUUAGUCCAUCAAGACUCUUUGAAUGGAAAGAUAACGGCGAAGAUUAUUCUUAUUGGGGUAAUUUUGGUAUAUAUAAUCCAGGUGGUUAUUCUCAAACAUUAUCGUAUUCUAGUAUGGAUGAAGCAAGGAGCGCUAUAAAUGAAUUGAAAAGAAACUUAUGGGUUGCUCGCAGAACACGGGUCUUGUUUGUGGAUUUUUUAAUAUACAAUGCUCAAGUGAAUCUAUUUUGUCGAGUUCAAUUGACAAUGGAAUUACCACCAACUGGUGGCGUUUAUUCAUCGUAUUCAUUUAAAACCGUGAAAUUGUUUAGUUUGCUCACCGCACGGGACUUUAUUGUUACCGGAUUUGAAAUAACAUUUGCAAUGUAUAUUGUGUAUUAUAUAAUUGAGGAAAUAAUUAAACUUAGAUUUUUGAAGAGUCGAUACUUCCAGUAUUGGAACAACUUUAUAGAUGUUGCAAUUGUUGGUUGUGGUGUGUAUAUUACAAUAUUUUUAUUGAUCAAAGGUAUUACCUUUUCACCAAAAAUAUCAAAACUGAUACACGAUAAAAAUUUGGAAAAAGAGUACAUAAGCUUGGAUGGUUAUAUUAGACAAUUUCGUACAUACUUGAUAUCGAUGUAUACGUUAUUUAAAAUUUUAUUGGGUGAUUUUGAUUAUACAGAAUUGGAAGAUUCUGAUCGUAUUAUUGGACCAUUAUAUUUCUUAUCAUUUUUAUUCACAGUCUUCUUUUUUAUGGUGAACAUGUUCUUAGCAAUUGUAAAUGAAACUUAUGUGAUGACUAAAUAUGAAAAAGAUCGAUUUGGUGUCCAGCAUGCUUUACCACUUGGAAAUUAUAUAAAACGUGGCAUUUAUAGAGUUAUUCCAUUCUUCCGCCCACCUACUUGCGAAGCAAUAAAUUCAAAGCGUGCUAAAAGUGCACUUUUACGCGUUAAACAUGCACUAUUAAGGAGUAAUUUUACCUUAACUGAGAUUAAUAUGUUCCUUGCGAAAUAUGGAAUUGAUGGCAAAAAAGCAACUAAUCCACAUGAUAUUGCUAGAAUAGUCACUGAUUUAGAAAGAAAAGGCUUUGCUCCAAUGGAACCUCCAACACUUGACGAGUUAAAAUUAUACAACAAAGGUAUCUUGGAUGAGGAAGAUGUUUUAACUGAGAGCAGAUGGACUGGUUUAACGUUAGCCAACUUUAAAGAAAUAAUGUGUCGUUUAGUAUAUAUAGAAAAACAAAUUGCUGCAACUUCACGUCGUAUUUCUAAUGUUGGAGAAUUAAUAGAAAAUCCUUGUCUGAAACCUGUUUGCUAA